CGAGCUCACUGAGGGCAGCGCGGCGGGGACCUGGGCGCAGCGCGGAGUUGGGCGCCCGACGCGAGGCCGAGCGCACGGGUGCGGAUCUGCGCCGAGCCGGGGCGUCGCCCUCGCAGAGCGCCGAUCCCCGCGCGUGGGGUCCUCCUGGGUUCCCAUUGGCUCCUGGGAGCGCUUGGGCGUCGGGAGCCGCUUUUGGCGACUGGAACCAACUUUUGAAGUUUGCCCCGGAGACUGAGGUCCAGCCCCGGCUCGCUCGCUCGCUCGCUCGCAGGCGGCCGGGCCGGCCGGGCGGAGGCGCGGUCACCAUGGGGAGCAAAGGUGCCUACCGCUAUCACUGGCAGAGUCACAACGUCAAGCACAGCGGCGUGGAUGACAUGGUGCUGCUGUCCAAGAUCUCCGAGAGCUCCAUUGUGGAGAACCUGAAGAAGCGCUACAUGGACGACUACAUCUUCACGUACAUAGGGUCCGUGCUGAUCUCCAUCAACCCUUUCAAGCAGAUGCCGUAUUUUGGGGAGAAGGAGAUUGAAAUGUACCAGGGAGCGGCACAGUAUGAAAACCCGCCCCAUAUCUAUGCCCUCGCCGACAGCAUGUACCGGAACAUGGUCAUCGACAGGGAGAACCAGUGUGUCAUCAUCAGUGGUGAAAGCGGUGCUGGGAAGACCGUCGCUGCGAAGUACAUCAUGAGCUAUAUCUCACGGGUGUCGGGAGGAGGCCCCAAGGUCCAGCAUGUGAAGGACAUCAUCCUGCAGUCCAACCCGCUGCUGGAGGCCUUCGGGAAUGCCAAGACCGUCCGCAACAACAACUCCAGCCGAUUUGGAAAAUACUUUGAAAUCCAGUUCAGCCCAGGUGGAGAGCCAGAUGGUGGAAAGAUCUCCAACUUCCUUCUGGAGAAGUCCAGGGUGGUGAUGCGGAACCCUGGGGAGCGGAGUUUCCACAUCUUCUACCAGCUGAUCGAGGGUGCCUCUGCAGAGCAGAAGCACAGCCUGGGCGUCACCAGCAUGGACUAUUACUACUACCUGAGCCUCUCGGGCUCCUACAAGGUAGACGACAUCGAUGACAAGCGGGACUUCCAGGAAACCCUGCACGCCAUGAAUGUGAUCGGCAUCUUCGCAGAAGAGCAGACGCUGGUGCUGCAGAUUGUGGCCGGGAUUCUCCACCUGGGCAACAUCAGCUUCAAGGAAGUGGGCAACUAUGCGGCCGUGGAGAGCGAAGAGUUUUUGGCUUUUCCCGCGUAUCUGCUGGGCAUAAACCAGGACCGGCUGAAAGAGAAGCUGACGAGCCGGCAGAUGGACAGCAAGUGGGGGGGCAAGUCGGAGUCCAUCCACGUGACACUCAACGUGGAGCAGGCCUGCUACACCAGGGACGCGCUUGCCAAAGCCCUGCACUCCCGCAUCUUCGAUUUCUUGGUGGAUUCCAUCAACAAAGCCAUGGAAAAGGACCAUGAAGAAUACAACAUCGGGGUCCUGGACAUCUAUGGCUUUGAGAUCUUCCAGAAAAAUGGCUUUGAACAGUUUUGCAUCAAUUUUGUUAAUGAAAAAUUACAGCAGAUUUUUAUUGAACUGACGUUAAAGGCAGAACAGGAGGAGUACGUCCAGGAGGGCAUACGGUGGACGCCCAUCGAGUACUUCAAUAACAAAAUCGUGUGUGACCUCAUAGAGAACAAAGUCAACCCCCCCGGGAUCAUGAGCAUCCUGGAUGAUGUGUGUGCCACCAUGCACGCGGUGGGCGAGGGCGCAGAUCAGACCCUGCUGCAGAAGCUGCAGAUGCAGAUCGGGAGCCACGAGCACUUCAACAGCUGGAACCAGGGCUUCAUCAUCCACCACUACGCUGGGAAGGUCUCCUAUGACAUGGACGGCUUCUGUGAGAGGAACCGGGACGUGUUAUUCAUGGACCUGAUCGAGCUCAUGCAGAGCAGCGAGCUGCCUUUUAUAAAGUCUUUAUUUCCUGAAAAUCUACAAGCUGAUAAGAAAGGACGCCCAACUACUGCUGGAAGCAAAAUAAAGAAACAAGCCAAUGACCUGGUGAGCACCCUGAUGAAAUGUACACCUCACUACAUCCGCUGCAUAAAACCGAACGAGACCAAGAAGCCCCGAGACUGGGAGGAAAGCAGAGUAAAGCACCAGGUAGAAUACCUGGGCCUGAAGGAGAACAUCCGAGUGAGGAGAGCUGGUUAUGCCUAUCGGCGUGUCUUCCAGAAGUUCCUGCAGAGGUACGCCAUCCUGACCAAAGCCACCUGGCCAGCCUGGCACGGCGAUGAGAAGCAAGGCGUCCUGCACCUGCUGCAGUCUGUCAACAUGGACAGCGACCAGUUCCAGCUGGGCAGGAGCAAAGUGUUCAUCAAAGCCCCCGAAUCCCUGUUUCUUCUAGAAGAAAUGAGAGAGAGAAAGUACGACGGGUACGCCCGAGUGAUACAGAAGUCCUGGAGAAAGUUUGUGGCCCGGAAGAAGUAUGUCCAAAUGAGAGAAGAAGCCUCAGACCUGCUGCUGAACAAGAAGGAAAGAAGGCGCAACAGUAUCAACCGGAACUUCAUCGGGGACUACAUCGGGAUGGAGGGGCACCCCGAGCUCCAGCAGUUCGUGGGCAAGCGGGAGAAGAUCGACUUCGCGGACACAGUCACCAAGUACGACCGGCGGUUCAAGGGUGUAAAGCGUGACCUGCUGCUCACCCCAAAGUGCAUGUACUUAAUCGGAAGAGAAAAGGUCAAACAGGGCCCAGACAAAGGCCUCGUGAAAGAAGUGCUCAAGCGGCGAAUUGAGAUGGAGCGGAUCCUGUCCGUGUCCCUCAGUACCAUGCAGGAUGACAUCUUUAUCCUCCAUGAACAAGAAUACGACAGUUUGCUUGAAUCUGUCUUCAAAACUGAAUUCCUCAGCCUCCUAGCAAAGCGUUACGAGGAAAAAACUCAGAAGCAGCUACCUCUAAAGUUCAGCAACACGCUUGAGCUGAAGCUGAAGAAGGAGAACUGGGGGCCCUGGAGCGCAGGGGGCUCCCGGCAGGUGCAGUUCCACCAGGGCUUCGGCGACCAGGCCAUCCUCAAGCCCAGCAACAAAGUGCUGCAGGUCAGCAUCGGCCCCGGGCUGCCGAAGAACUCCCAGGCAGUAUGGGUUGGACAAUCCACACUCUUCUCCUUCCUCUCCCCAGGGUACCAUCAAAACGGUGUCCUAAAGAACCAGUUCGUGCUGCACCCCCAGGCUCCGGGAAACCAGCGGUCCAAUGAUAAAAGCCUGUACACCUCUAUGUCCCGCCCCCCAUUGCCACGGCAACAGUCCACGGGCACAGACCGAGUGUCGCAGACCCCAGAGAGCCUGGAUUUCCUCAGAGUCCCAGACCAGGGCGCCGCAGGUGUCCGUAGGCAGACGACCAGCCGGCCCCCCCCGGCGGGUGGCAGGCCCAAGCCCCAGCCCAAGCCCAAGCCCCAGGUGCCGCAGUGCAAGGCCCUGUACGCCUACGACGCCCAGGACACGGAUGAGCUCAGUUUCAACGCCAACGAUGUCAUCGACAUUGUGAAGGAAGAUCCCUCCGGCUGGUGGACGGGUCGGCUACGAGGCAAGCAGGGCCUGUUCCCCAACAACUACGUGGCCAAGAUCUGAGGUGCCCAGGCAUUGGCAUGGACAGGAGGGAUGCCAGGGGACCCCCUUCUGAGCCACAGCACACAGUCGCUUCUCUGAGGCCUGCAGCCGUCUGAGUGGAGGAUCCUGAGAAGUAGCCCCGGGACAGGAGGCCACGCCCUAAGUGACCCUACAAGGCAGCCUGUUCUGGGGCCAGGAGGGUACAACCGCCACCCGCCAAGAUUUAUUUAUUGUAUUUAAGCCUGGUGUGUGGACAGGCAGCUCACUCGGACCUCUCGGCCUCUCUCCCCACGGUGCCACGCCCAGCCCACUCACCGGGCAGGGAAGCCCGCGGGGCCCGACAAGUGCCUUGGCCCGAAGAGGCGCGCCCGGCGCCCAGCUGGUCCAGGGGCACAGGCCUUGCUGGGCCAGGCUGGGCAGGGCACCGCGCCCUGGCCUUACCUGUGCGAGGUCUUCAGUUGGAAGGUGGCUGGCCCAUGCCAGUGUCCCAGUUCAUGCUGUACUUAUUACAAGAAGGGUCUUUAAGCUGUACAUUUAUAAAAACCAGAUCAUAUACCAUAUAAAAUCUCCCAAUGGCAGAACCGUGUGCAUGUACUAGGUAGUCCUCCACUGUGUCCAUGCGGAAGGGUCGGCUUGCUUACAGAACUUGUACCAGGUACUGACAGCCGCAUCCCCCCUCUUCUCCACUGCAGAAACUGUCGCCGCUUUCUGGCUCGCCUGCAGCCUUGUCACCCUGGUCUCUGUCCACCUCCGUAAAUAAAGGAACCAGCAAGCGGC